AAAAUCCAUAGUAGUUUUCCCGCAAAUUAAAAAAACAAUAAAAAAAUGAUAGAUUCCAAAAUAUUUUUAUUAGUUGUAUUAAUUACAACUGUAUUCUGCGCUGAUACAGCUGUAGAAGAACAAGAUCCUGUUGAGUUCUACCUUUGGGAUGGUUCUUCAGCAAACCUUCUGACUACAGAUUACAGCUCAAUAAAUCCUAAUGGUUUAACUUAUUUCAUUGUCCAUGGAUGGACAGAAAACGCCACUGAAGUGGAAUAUAUCCAAAUAGCAAAGAAUUAUAAGCAAUUACAUCCCAAAGCAAAUGUUUUCCUCGUUGAUUAUAGAUUUCUCGCUGCUGAAUCCUACUUGGAAGCAAGAAGUAUUGUAAACAAAGCAGGUACCGCCAUGGGUAACAGAAUUGUCACUAUGAUUAAAGGCAAUAUUAUAAAAUUAAAUAAAAUUCAUAUGUUUGGACAUUCUUUGGGAACACACGUCUGUGGUAAAGCUGCAAAGAUAAUCAAAGAAAACAUGAACAAUCAACGGGUACCAAGAAUAUCUGCUUCCGAUCCAGCUGGUCCCUUCUUCAGACUUCCAUUGGGUUUGGGUAUUUUUGAUUCCUUGCAAGAGAGUGAUGCUGAUUUCUUGGAUAUUACUCAUACUAGUUAUGAUAUGGGCACGAUUGAAGCUAUUGGAACUGUUGAUACUUAUGUUGAAUUAUUACACGGGAACCAACCGGCUUGUGAUGGGCAGUUUACAGAAGACGCAUUGUUGUUUUGUAAUCAUCGUAUGGCCAGAGACUACUUUACAGAAUCCAUCUUAUCAUGUGGGUUUUUACAACGUAAAAGAUUGUUAAACAUUACAGAUGCACCGACAAUUAUUUAUGGAGAGCAUAUUCCGUUGAAUGCUUCAGGGAUUUACUUUCUGGAUGUCAAUGCAAAGUCGCCAUAUGCUCAAAGUAAUCCUAAAUGUCUGAAACCAUCAUGUAUUAAGAAAUAUUUCAAAUAAAUAAUUCUUCUAGAUUCCAAA